UCUUACAUGGUUACAUGCAGUAACCGGUAGAUGAUGUCUUCGACUCGGACUUCAACUCUCCGUCGCCGGGCUCCGUCGUCGACGCCCGUUUCGUUUCGACCCCGUUUCGACUUAUAUAAGCGGAAGAGCUAAGUCUUUGUACUUUCCGCGCAAUCGGCGUCCGCGGCCGCGCGUAUCCACGCGCCGUGCACGCAGUACAACACGUGUGAGUGGAUCCGUGAUUCUUGUAACUUUUUCUGUUUCCAGUAUCCAAAUAUUCCACCAAAUUAACACAAAUCAACAAAUAUGAGUGACAGUACAGCAGAGGUAGCAGUAGAGCAGGCUCCUGAGGAGACCCCUGAAGCAGUGACGGAUGGAGGUGAUGCUACACAAGCAGAAGAGAAGAUGGAGGAAUCAACAGCAGCUCCAUCAGAAGAAACAACAGAAGGUACAACAGAAGCUGCGACGGAAGGUUCAUCAGAAGCUAAGAAAGAAACGGGUAUGUCAGGGACUGUCGCAAAGCACUACAAUGAUCUAAGAGAAGGAACAUUGUUCGACAGAGCCAGGAGCAGAAUUUACUACCAACGAAAUUUCAAUAACUGGAUAAAGAGUAUGAUCAUCGCAAACUCAUUGAAGGCUGUUGACAGAAAGAAAGGUUGUACAGUACUUGAUCUUUGUUGCGGGAAAGGAGGAGAUCUUCUCAAAUGGACCAAAGGAAACCUCAAGAAAUUAGUCUGUGCAGAUAUCGCAGCUGUGUCAGUACAACAGUGUCAGAAGAGAUACAGAGACAUGGCAGACAGGAAUAGACGUACUGGUAAUGCAAAGACCUUUGCAGCAGAAUUCAUUGCAGCAGAUUGUGCUGAGGUACUUUUAUCAGAACGCUACCACGACAAGGACAUUGUCUUUGACCUGUGCAGCUGUCAGUUUUCCUUCCACUACUCAUUUGAGACUGCCGCUAGGGCAAGGACUAUGCUCAGAAACGCCUGUGAGAGACUGCGACCCGGUGGAUACUUUGUCGGAACCAUUCCUAAUGGAUACGAGCUUGUAUCAAGGUUAAAAGCGAGUGAAGAUCUGUCAUUCGGCAAUGAUGUGUACAAGGUCACCUUUGAGAACAAAGAUUCUUUCCCACUCUAUGGAUGCAAGUAUGAUUUCCAUCUUGAGGGUGUAGUUGAUUGUCCCGAGUUCUUGAUCUACUUCCCUCUCCUUGAAGAGAUGGCUAAAGAGUUUGAUAUGGAAUUAGUGUACUUGAAGAAGUUCCAGGAAGUGUAUGAAGACAAUUGUGGGCCAACAGACAACCAAGCUCUCAUGUCAAAGAUGCAAGCUCUUGAGCAAUACCCUCCUGAGAAGGGUACCCCUCCAGCCAGUAAGAAAGAUGAAGACUACAGCCAUGCUGAGACUAGGCAUACGGAGGUCAUGGGUAUGGAGAAUGAAGAGAAGAAACCAACAUCCAUCGGCACCCUCUCCAAGUCCGAAUGGGAGGCAUCUAGCCUCUACUGUGCCUUUGCCUUCAAGAAAGCUGGAGACUUCGAGGAAGAGGAAGAGGAGGAGGAGGCACCCGCUGAAGAGGAGAAGAAGGAGGAGGAAGAGAAGACGGAAGAGGUUGCUAAUGGUAACGGUGACGAAGCUGCCGAAGCGGAAGGUGAAGGUGGGGAGGAGGGCGGAGCCGAGGCAGAAGCAGAGGCAGAGGCUGAAGAAGGAGGUGGAGAAGAAGAAGCUCAAUGAGUGGGGAAAGAAAUCCAUACUACCUGAUUGACUAUGAAUACAGGAUGAGCAUCGGAAGGAAUACCACAUAAGAAAAGUAAAGUCAUCCACAGGAUUUAAACCGAUUAAGACAUUCAGGGGAAAGGAAAUUAAAGGCAUGGUUAAAUAAUUACCUUUAAAUCAAUACUUAAUAGGCACACAGUCCUCUUUUAAGAGACAGAAGGAUUUAAAUCAUACAUUUAUAAAGGAGUUAUUGGCCUUCUGUUUCUCAACAGAGUGUGUGUUGGUUCACCUAUUCAUGUUGUAUAUUUUUCGUGUGUUUUUUUUUAAUCAAGGACACCAUUGAAUUGUCAAUUUUCAUUUGUCUUGCUUUGUAGAUUUCAGUUUGUAAAAUGUUGAUACUCAAUCAGAUUAUGCUCCAUUUGAGUUCAUUUUUUUUAAAGAAGAUAAAUGCAAAUUGACAGGGUGCAGAUUACUGAUAUAUGCCAUCUAAGCACUUGUAUCAAUUUCAUUUAUCAUAGAAAGAUUUACGGUGUGAUAUGAGGGCCCGUUUAGCAUGAAUGGAUGUCAAAUGGUGGAUAUAAGAUAGGAUACAUGUGAUGUCUGUCACAGAAUCUUUGUAUGUUUUGAAAAUGAUCGUGUCCUUUUUAAGACAAUCCCUUGAUGAUUUAGAAUUCAGUAGAAAACUUUUCAGCUUGCAUAGAAACUGUUAUUUUGCAUAUAUAUUUGAAUCUUACAAUUUGUCCUAAAAUAUAUUUUCGUUGGAGAUUAUUAUUUUCUUUUCUUUUUUUACAUACACUGCUGAUUUUGUAUUGAGGAGUUUUUUUGGAAUUAAAACGACAGUUAGGAUUGUUGCAUCUUGUAUAAAAGCUAUCAUAUAAAUCCAUUUUGUUUGUGUGUAAUGCAGAAGUCUAUUGUGUACUUAUGGUAUACUCUAUAAAUCAAGGAGGGUUUACCAUCAUUGAAUACAAGUCUGUACAUAGAAUGUAUUUGUUACGUUUAGAAUGAUAUGCACAAUGAAUUAUGAUUAAUCCCAGUGAAGAGCUCUGAUUGAUAAUUGUUAAGCGCAUUGAGCAGUCGUAGAUUGAUUAAGUGCUAUACAAAUGACAAUUAUUAUUAUUUCCUAAUGUUUCGUACCACCUCAGGACUUUUUGUUUUUAUUUUACCCAAAGUUGGCAGUUCCUUGCAAUACAAGACGAUCUGUGUAGGUGAGGUAUGUCAUUCUCCCAGCCCUAUAAAAACUAUUUUGAGCCUCAGUUUAUUACCAUCCCAUAGAAAUGUGCAUAUGACGAUAAUCCAUGUUUCUGUUUCCAAGAAUUAAGGCUCUUCAUGAUUUCGUGAAAUAGGUCCGAAGCGGGUUGUUUCACUUUCACGUAUACUUAGUGUAACAGAAGCAAUGUGUCUCCCCAGUAUGCAUUGGCUAGUGCAGGUGCUGUAUUAUAACCUAAGCGACUUUACGAUACACUUAAAUCCUUGUGAAAUAUUCCAUGGGGUUCCAAUUUAGAUGCAAUUCUGCAAUGCUAUGCAUCUUAGAUGGCAUUCACCUUCAAAUAGGCAGAGCAUGGGAGAUUUCACUGUCCAGUUUUCAAGUCUGACUUGGAAAUCAAAUGGCUUGAUCUGGUGGGUGUUUCAUAAAGCUGUUCGUAAGUUACAAUAUCUAGGAUUAGCUCCUGUGUGAUAUUACAUGCUACAAAUGAGAUUAUUGACGAUUUGGAUUAUUGUAUGUUGUUUCAUUGUUGUGUUUAUGCUUCAUUUUAGAUCAAUGUUAACAACAGCAUGAUUGAAACUUUUAAAGACUUAUUUCCAAAAACUUAUUUUCAGUGCCUUUCCUUGAAAGAGUGACAAACAUGUUUGUUAAAGAAAUAUUCUCUUUUUACUCUCUAACUCCUAAAUACCAUUUUAGGAGCUAAUUAAAUUCUAAGAGAAAAAACUUUUAAAAAUAGUAAUGACCGGGAGCUAGUACCACAAAUGUUAGUGACUGAUCGUGUGAUUGAUCCUGGCGAUUGAUUGUAGAUUGUGGUCAAUGCAAUCAAUCAUUGAACUUUGUUCUGAAACUAAUUGCAAAGCUGAGUGUGAAAUGACCCUUGACUGGCUCUUUAUGCUUUGCAUCCUCAAAGCACUGUACGUAUUACAAUCCAAUCGUACAGGGAAUUAUUUCGCGCUUUUUACUUCUACAGACGAUGUCUGCCACACAAACUGGCCAAAUUUUGUUAUUUAUUGCUGUUUGUGUUUUAGCACGAAGUGAUCGAGUUAUGUACAUAAUUAAGAUUUAAAAAAGUGACAGUUGGUUGGUGACUAUGUCAUUUUCUCUGAUAUCUGUUUAAUGUUAUGCAAUCUUAUAAUAUGCUCUAUUUAGGGGAAGGGGAGAAUUCAUUGACUGUCUGUAUUAUAUCAAAAUUAUGAUACUUUUGAUUGAAAGGGCUUGUAGAAUUUUUUUUUUACUGAAGAAAAUUCCUUUCUGCUUCCCUUACGUAUAUUAAGUAUGAUUCGGAAGCAUUUAUUAAUAAUUCUUUAGCGUGUGAUUUGCCCUACUGCUGAAUGGACUUGUUCAUGGAUCGAUAUCUUACACUAAAGAUUACACAAGGUAGAAUAGAAACGUGUGUGAAACAUACUGGAAUUUCUUUUGUUACUAUAAAAUGCAUUCCUUUACAUGAUCUAAUGAUGUUAAUAAUAAAGAUUCAGGGAGCUGACAUAGAAUUGAUUUAAGAGCAAGCAUUGCAUAUAGAAGUUGAAUGGAAGUGUCAAUAAUUGUUGCAUGGCGUAGGGAUGGGAAAGUUCUUAUGAACAAAUUGUUAAAAUAGGAUUGUGAUGUUGUUGUAUAGGGGUUUAACAACCCACUUUUGAUGUGAUAUUAUUUUGAAUUCCCAACUUUGUGUUUGGGCAUUUAUUUUUGCUUUUUUUUGGUAAUGUAUAGUUAUGAUCAGUGGUGUAUGAAAAUUAGGACACUGCAGAAGUUUCCUCCCAUGAAAUAUUUCCCUCCCAUUUUUCGUUGAUGUACAUUGCUUUGUUUUUGGUAAUUACUUGAGAAAAAAAAAAUGCAUAACAAUUUUUGUAGUAUGGCUCAGAAUUCUGUAAAGAACUUUAAAUGUUGUAGAAGUGUAACAAUAGCUCAAUUAAAAAGACUGGAAUGUAUUCUAAA